AGCGCUGAGGCAUAAGCACCUGCCAAUUGGAUGGAAGUGAAAGUUAAAUGGAGCACUUUUAGUGCAGUUGUUUUGCAAAAUGAUGAGUCGCAAGUAGAACGCGCUUCCAGCUCACGAUGAGCGGGGGUAGUACUUAAACAAGGUGCACUUUUUUAACACAGUUUUGUUGUUUAGUUCCGUUGAAAUGGAGAGUUGAACGUUUGUUCGAAGAAAAGUAUAUACUAUUACCGAUCACUCUAGCAGUACACUCGAAUCGCAACCGUGUGAAACUAUGAAAUAAUCUCGAUGAGUAUUUCUACUUAUCUUAAUAUUAGCAACUGCUUUAAGUCUCCCUGUGCUCGUCAAUUGUACAGCACGUUCGAACUUAGAGCAGCGCUUGUUAGAACAACUUCCAACUAUGGCGGGUAAUCUGCGUAUGCUGCUUUCCUACUUGCUGCUGUUGAAUGGAUGUUCAGUGUUGGGGUCGCUUGCUGGACCCGAUAAGUAUGGUUACAUUGCACCGCUCUUCGAGUAUGAUAAUUACAGUGCUUGUCGCCGUCAACAACCGGCGCUUUACUGCAUUGCCAAGGUAGUCAUCGAGCCGGUUCCAGAGGUGUAUAAUUCGAGUCGUAUCAUCGCUAGUCCUAGAAAAAAUGUGUUGGAAAGAGGCGUUUGUGUUAACCAGUGUGUAUCGGAGGUAGCCGCACUGAAUGAAUCGGAACAGCAAAGACUGUUUCAACCGAAAGUGAAUGUUUCGUAUAUGUACACGAUGUCCAUAUUUUGGCAAGCAGAAGUCGAACACCACAUUCAUCAGUACGGAAAUAUCGUAAACAUUUGCAUCAACAAUCGACUGGAGCAAAAACACAACAUAGUGGCAUACUCCGAACUGGAGUACUGCAUCGAUGACAAGGCAGCUGCAAAUGCAGACUUAGACUGGGCUAAGAUUGCAUUUGCCACAGUGCUGCUGGCGUUGCUCGUAACGUUUCUGAUCACUAAUGUCAUGGAUCUACUAGGAAAUGACCAGCUGAGAAAUCAAAACAUCGUGUCAAGUUUUUCCAUCCGACGGAAUCUGGUCCAAUUUUUACGAGAGCCAAAGACGGAGAUUGCUCGCGAUUUUGCCUAUAUAGACGGUCUUCGGGUGCUGAUCUGUUCCUGCGUUCUACUAUCCCAUUGUCUACUUUCGGCGAAAUUCACACCAAUUUCGAAUCCUGAAACUUUCGUGCAAUUAUACUAUAAUCCCAUAACAUUGAUCAUCGUAACACCACUAGCUAUGCUCGUGAAAAUAUUCUUCACUAUUUCGGGUCUCCUGUUAACGGUUAAUGUUUUGAAGGACUACAAAACGAAACCUCAAACAAUUGGGUGGUAUUAUUUCUGUACUAAAUUUGUGCAUCGUUUGAUUCGAUUAUUGCCGGUGUACUACUUCUUCUUGCUGCAUACCACAGUCUACGACUGGUUUCCUGGAGUUGACGUAGGAAUCAUAGGCUACAAAACGCUAACGAUGGAGCGGCUGUUGUGUCGGCAGUAUUGGUGGAGCAAUGCUUUGUUUCUUAACAAUUUACCGAUUAUGGUAGGACAGUGCUUCGGACACACGUGGUACAUAGGUACGGACGUGCAACUGUUUGCCGGGGGGCUUUUGAUUUUAGCUUUGUGCAUCAAAUGGCCUGCCGCAGCGAAGCCACUGUUGAGCGCGAUGUUGGUCAUUUCUGCACUGUUCGUGUCGAGUAUGGUGAACUAUGGUGGAAUUGAACCAGUUUUCGUGGAUAGAUUCAGCGAUGCCCAGUUUAUGUACAUGAAAACGCGCUAUUUCCGAGAGAUGUACCAACCAAGUUAUACGAACAUGGGCUGUACGGUUGCUGGCAUAAUGAUCGGUUUUCUUUACCACAACAUCAAAAACAACGGACUUGAUUUGAAAAGUUCACAGGUAUACAAAAUAAUCAAGUGGAUUUCCGUUCCAAUAUCAAUUGCUACGGUAGUGAUUGCUCCAAUUUUCUACGAAUAUGAAGUGAAUCUAGAUUCACCGUGGGUACCGUUUUACUCCAUCUUUUAUGUUUAUUUUUCCGUAAUUUUGACCAGCGUAUGGAUAGUUGACGGAUUUCAGGAACCUCAAAGCAGCGUACGUCGGUUUCUCGGUUCCCGAUCGAUGGCAGCCGUGGGUAAACUGUCGUAUUGUGCAUACCUGUUGCACCCAACGCUAAUGCGGAUCUUUAGUCUGUCACCUCUCAUGCCAGAUUUGCCGGUGGAAUUCACCGUAGGAUCACUGUUCGGCACCUGGUUGGGCGUUACCAUCGGUUCCUAUCUGGUCGGAGCAGUAUUCUACUUCUGCUUAGAGCAACCGAUGAGUUUGCUGCUGCGAACUUUGUAUGUUCAGUACUGCAGCCAGAAAAAGAAACUGUGAGGAGAGAAAAAUAUUUUACAAUUUUGAACCAGCUGCCUUUACAUGUAAGUUUUUAAAAUUAUACUGUGAUUGAAUUGAGAUAAUUUGUACUAAUUUUAAAUUGAAUAAAAAUACAAUCAUUUGAAAACAAAAA